AUGGCACGCUCGAUUCGUUUACUAUUUCAACACCGCAAAUCAAUGGAUGAAGAAACUCGGUUAUCCAAGGAGCGGAACUCACGGUUCAGGUCGAGCCCUGGCGAGGAGGCCAUGGAUGAGUUGUUGCGGGGCGUCGGGCUUGUGUACUUGGAGGGUGGAGACCACAUGUUCCUCACGCGGGCCAUCCGAGAGAGUGGGUUCGGCGAGGCGCUGCUUCCGCGCUUCUUGGACGGAAGCAUCACUGUGGUCGCCCGCAGCGCUGGGACCAUCGUGUCGGGCAUGGACGUUGGUUUCUCGUUGGAGAAGCAGUCCGAAGGGCUGCUUAAUGGUAACUUCGCUGGAAUGGGCUUGGCAGGUAAGUGCUCAUUGCGAGGUCACUUUCAGAAUACAGUAUGGCACGACUCAACGCGCCCGCGAGGCGUGUCAGAGGUGUUUGACGAAGAAGCGACGGCCCAAUUCCGGCGCACCAACUCAACAGGCCUUGUCGUGACGCUGGAGGAUGGGCAGGCGUUACUGAUGAAGAAUGGCCGGACUACCAUAGUGCAAGCGGGUUCACCCAUGGCCACCGAUUGGGAUAUUGCUAUCAAAGAGGACAUGCCUCCGGACUUCCUGGAAGGAAGGGAGUCUAUCUUCACAGAACACAGUGGUGCGUUUGGCCGGCCGGCUGACAACUCCACAUGGUCAUCUUGUACACCGCAGAAACAGUGCACCAGGGGGGCCUACUGA